AGUGAUGGACAUUAGGCGCGUAUUCGAAUUUUUCGGCUACCCGAGUAUCGCGAAGUUCGGGAAAAGUCGUCGAUCCGACCUCGAAGCAGACAUGUCAGCAACCCGUACACCUGUAACGGAUUCACGCUGCAUCGUUCGGCCUUCGUGCGUUAUCGAUCAGGAUUGCCUGGGAAAAAAGCACAGAGGAACAGUCGGCACAUCUCGCGUCUGCAUAAUCGUCGGUAAACCAAGUAUUCUCCUACUUGCGCCCCACUACCAUCGAAGCUGGUCUACGCAGACGUAAGCGUCGCCGCCAUGACACGAUGCGUCGCGACGCGGCAUCGAUAGCGCAAGACGCUGGUAGCCGAGGACCGUACGAACUGCUAAUGAAUUGCUGAGACACUUGGACAUCGAGAAAGAAGAAAGAAUGACGAGUGUCAGGCAAAUUCUCCGUUGCGCCAGGAGACUAGGCCAGUUAUCGGAGAGCGGGAGGAAAGUUUCAAACCGGUCCGUGACGUAUAUGUCUACCCAGCCACGACAGAAAAUCAUCGAGGAUGAAAAUGGAAAAAAAAUAUUCCCUUCACCUCAUGGUGAAAUCACGCCUUCCGAUAUGCUCCUGCACGAGCACAUAUGGAAGAACAUCGGGAAUUAUGCGGACAAAAUUGCACUGGAAUGCGCGGUGACCGGAAGGAAGUACACGUACAGCGAAGCGAGGGACGCGAGUAAUUAUGUCGCGCGAAGUUUGAGAAAUAUGGGCUUUACAAAGGGAGACAUAAUAGCCCUGAUAUCGCCUAAUUAUCCGGAAACGAUCAUAGGCGCUAUCGGAAGUUUAGAAGCUGACCUUACUGUAACCACGGUUAACCCUACUUAUACACCUGAGGAAAUUAUGAGGCAACUGAAGGUUACCAGCCCGAAGGUGAUCCUCACAGUGGCGCAAAUUGCACGGAUCGCUGUCCUAGCUUUUAAAGAUUAUCUCCCGCCUGGAGUACCCAUCAUAGCUAUCGAAGAUGGUACCGGACCCAUUCCCGAGGGCACCGUGCCGUUUAAGGACCUUAUCACGCGAGGCAAAACGUUACCACCUAUAAAGAAUUACCAAAUGACCACUCACGACACGGCCGUGCUGCCAUUUUCCAGUGGAACGACUGGACUGCCGAAGGGUGUCAUAUUGACGCACAGGAAUCUAGUCAGUAACAUUCAAAUGGUGGACCAAACGGCUGCAGGAAAAAUGUGGCGCGAUACAAUUGGUGAUCUCCAAGAAGUAUCGCCCGUAUUUUUACCCUUUUUCCACAUUUUCGGAAUGAAUUGCUGCGUACUACCGCGUCUCGCUGCUGGGACGAAAUUAAUCACUCUUCCCAAUUUCCUGCCGGAAUUAUUUUUGGACGUCUUGACUAAGCACAAGGUGACAGGUUUGUUCCUGGUACCACCGAUAGUCAUGUUCCUCGCCACCUCGCCGUUAAUGAAGAAGGAGCAUUUUGAAUCCAUGCAUCACUUUGUCAGUGGAGCAGCGCCAUUGGCGGAACAGGACGUACAGAGAUUCUACGAAAAGUUCCAGAUAAAUCAGGAGAAACUGAAAUUCUGUCAAGGAUACGGAUUGACGGAGACUUCCCCAGUCAUUUGCCUAAAUAUAGACGGUAAAAAGCCAGGAAGUAUCGGGAAGAACAUAGCCAGCAGCGAAAUACGAUUAGUCGACCCGGUUACGAAUAACGAUAUAUUUAGUCCGGGUCAAACUGGCGAACUAUGGGUCAGGGGGCCUCACGUGAUGAAAGGGUACUUUGGCAACGAGAGUGCCACAAGGGAGAUGAUCACCGAGGACGGUUGGUUGAAAAGCGGGGACAUUGGUUACUACGACGAAGAAUUCGAUUUCUUCCUCACAGAUAGAAUGAAGGAGCUAAUCAAAGUUAAAGGAUUUCAGGUAGCACCAGCUGAGUUAGAGGCUGUGCUAAGAACGCACCCAGCUGUACAGGAAGCAGCCGUGAUCGGUGUGUCGGAUCAGAGGAGCGGAGAGCUACCCAAAGCUUUCGUAGUUUUGAAAAAGGGCGCUACGGUGAAGGCGGAAGAUAUCAAGGACUUCGUGAAAAACAAAGUGACCGAGUUCAAACGGUUGGAAGGCGGAGUCGUAUUUGUAGACAGUAUACCGUUGACCGCUAGUGGAAAGAUUCAACGAACGAAGCUGAAGGAGUACAAAUAAUGAAGGCUGUUUUCUUAACGGAGAUGGGAACCUUUCGCGAGGUGUCGACUGACAAUACACAUCAUAAUGGGAUCAACUAUCAGUUAAGAACAGAGUACGGUGGGAUCGUGUUUGAGAAAUCGAUUAUUGUGAUAUGAGCCGUAUUACUGUUGUACCGAGAACCGAACAACGAAUGCGUUAACUAUGCUAAUUGGCCAAGGAUCGCUGUGAAUGUUUUAUCAUAACGUUAAACGAUGUUAUCUUUUUUGUUAAUUUGGUGCUUUUUUACACUUUAAGAGUAUAGGAGUAGGCGUACAACGAUCUACUUACUAGUACAAUACGAAGGGAGCAUAAUUGCGUAUGAACGCGGUUACAAAGAGUUGUUGAGAAGAUUACGCAUAUGUUUUUAUUCUUAAUAUCACUUGAUAUAUUGCCAUGUUAUCGUGGUGUUAUCUGUGUCAAUGCAAUUAACUCUUAAGAUACUUAUCUUAGAUAUUGGAUUUUAACGAUAUAAUUUUUAUAGGUUAUUUGUACCAGAAAAUAACAGGUGUCUUAAGCAAUAAAAUUUUUCAUAAUUAA